UUCCAUUGUGAUAAUUAUGAAUUGUUUUCAAUCUCAAUCAACAAACUGUGCUAUUUAAAAUGUGUUAAAAUACAAUUAAAAACUUAAUUACUAAUUAUCUAAAUAAAUUGUUUAUACUCACAAGUCAUAAAUAUAACGUUCGUCUUAAAAAUGUUGUCUGGCAGACCUCGAUUCAUAAAACCGGGCAAUGACCCACUCUAUCCAGCCAGAAACAAAGAUGGCGGAGUAGAGAUACUAAUAAACCCAAACACAGACUCUGCGCUGACCACAGAUAGUGAUGCGAAGACUAAUUUUGUGUAUAACCGGUAUCAUCAUCUACCGUUGACUAGUCAGAGACAGAAGCUGCCCGUGUUCCAGUAUAGGAACCACAUAUUGUAUUCGUUGGAGAAGUAUCAGACUUUGAUACUUAUCGGUGAAACUGGCUGCGGGAAGUCGACACAAGUGCCGCAGUACCUGCACGAGAUCGGACAUAAAGUGGUAGUAACACAACCACGGGUAGCGGCCGCGGCGUCACUCGCGGCCAGGGUGGCUGAGGAGAUUGGGGAACCGCUAGGCGAGCGCGUCGGUUAUGCGGCCGGCAUGACUAGCUUACGGUCUCCGAGUACUAGCAUUACGUUCAUGACGGAAGGCGUGUUGCUGCGAGAAAUGUUCGCGUCGCCACUUCUGAUGCAGUAUUCGGUCGUUGUUUUGGACGAGGUUCACGAAAGAUCGCAAAUGACAGAUGUGCUGAUGGGUCUGCUCAAGAAAAUAGCCAAAAAACGUAGAAACCUGAAGAUCGUCGUGUCAUCUGCUACGAUGGAUGCUGAAUUCCUGAAGGAUUUCUUCAAUCUGACAGAUAAGAAAGAGAGGGAGAGACCUUCCAGCUCUGUCAUCAUGUCUAUGCAGGGCCGGACUCACCCUAUUGACGUUUUUUAUACUCAAGAACCAGUGGCGGACUACGUGAAAGCCACAGUGGAUACUGUCAUCAAGAUACACGAAAACGAGCCUUUUGGAGAUAUACUGGCUUUUCUCACGUCACAGGAAGAGAUACUAACAGCCCUAGAAACAUUACAACUAUACGCAGAACAAAACAACGAUAAAAACAAAUACAGGAAACAGUUCCCGAGCGGCGUACUGGCGGCGAAUAUAUCCAUUCUACCAAUGUAUGGCAGUCUGCCGCACUACAGGCAGAUCAGAGUGUUUCAAAUGGCGGACAAAAACGUUAGAAAAGUGGUUUUAGCCACUAAUAUAGCGGAAACCAGCGUCACUAUACCCGGUAUUGUUUAUGGUGCCUGCCCGAAUAUAUCCAUUCUACCAAUGUAUGGCAGUCUGCCGCACUACAGGCAGAUAAAAGUGUUUCAAAUGGCGGACAAGAACGUUAGAAAAGUGGUUUUAGCCACUAAUAUAGCGGAAACCAGCGUCACUAUACCCGGGAUCGUUUAUGUGAUCGACUGCGGUUUCCACAAGCUGCCCUACUUCGACCCGUCGAUCGGCGUCGAGAGUCUGUCGGUUUGUCCGUUGUCGCGCGACAAUGCGCGACAACGCGCCGGACGCGCGGGACGGACGCAGAGGGGAAAGUGUUAUAGGCUAUACACAGAGGCGGAAUUUGACAAACUACCCGCGAGUGUACCGCCGGAAAUAUCCAGGAGUGACCUGUCUUCUGUACUAUUGCAACUUAAAGCUCUUGGUAUACAUAAUUUACUCAGGUUCACUUUUCCAACGCCGCCGCCAGCUAAAAGUCUCCUCUCCGGCCUAGAAACACUAUACGCUUUAAAGGCAAUAGACAAAGAUGGUAACCUGACACAUUUGCUAGGAGACAAUAUGGCGGAGUUACCAUUAAGACCCAUGUGUGCUAAGAUGCUGUGUAACAGCGGCGAAUAUGGUUGCGUGGAAGAGGCACUGUCGAUUGCUUGCAUGCUUCAAGUUGAGGGUGUUUUUACGAAAAAUACGACGGGCAAAGACAACAUAGCCGCUAGGAUGUCUAGAAGAAAUAACUUUGAAGUAGCCGAAGGCGAUAUAAUAAUGUACCUUAACGUAUUCGAUUCGUACAUGAAAGUGAAAAACUCGACACAGGACGAGAAACGAUCGAAAAAGGUGUGCAGGGAAUGGUGUCAAAAGAUGUAUGUCAACCAACGCGUCAUGGAGAAGGCCUGCGACAUUAGAGACAGCUUGGAAAAACUAAUAAAGAGAAAGUUUGGAAUUGAAAAUAAAACUUUCGAAGGACCAGACUUAGGAACAGCGAAAUGCCAAAGAAUAAUGAAAUGCGUGCUAUCCGGUUUCUUCCCACAAGCGGCGCAUUUAAGCACAGACUCCACGUACAGAGGCGUCAGAGGCGCUACAUUACACAUCAGCCCGGACAGCUGUCUGUUCAGAGUGCAGCAACCGUCGUGGUGA